UCUUCUAAUUAAAAGAACAUCAAGAUUUUUUUUUUUUGUGCUAAAAAGAAACUAGAAGUUCUAUGUUCGAACAUUAGGGAUUUUAAGACCUUGCAAAUAAGAAGAGGUCUUUAGCGAUCAAAGAGUAAAGACAGUCAUCUUGCUGCCUAAAUCCAUGUUGAUCUGAAAGAAGAGAUCGUUGUUGCUGGUUAACGAUGUCUCGGCAGAAUCAGUUAUUGACAUUGCUUAAGAGAAGGUUUCAUUCACCGUCUAGUGAUGCUCCAACGGAGACCAUAAGGAAGAAGAUAACUGAGUUGCAGAAGAGUAAGAAGCGAAGGAACCCGAUAAAGAACCAGUUUCUUGUCGAGGUUCCAGAAUCAAGAUCGUAUUUGGACACAGCAACGACGCCAAUGUUCCUCGCUGUGGUCGGUAUUGCAUUGUUUGCAAAAGUGUUAAUGAUGAUCGAUGAUUCGAAAUCACAAGAAAUGAUUGAACGGAAGAUAAAGAAUGCACCACCGGGACAAGGCACGGUGAGAAUGAUCGAACGUGAGGAGUGGGAUGAGUUUAGAGAAGUAAGGCCAAGAACCCCUUUUGAGUCCAAGCUUGCUCGACCAAACGCACAAAUAAGAACUGGAGAGCCUGUGCGCAAGGAUGACUUGAAGAACUGGACGAUAGACGUGCUAACUAAUGCGUUUGCACGAACCGAAGAAAGUGUUCGUCGCGGUUCCAGUUGAUUUUCCAUAAACUCUCUUCAAUUCAAUAGAGAUAAUAGAGAGAUAUAUAUAUCCUGAGAAUCUGGUAGUCCAAGAACAGUUGUUAUGUGUGUAUCAUCUGUUUGGUUCUGAAUAUUAGUGACACUGGUAAUAAAGUGGCAAAACUAAUCUGGAUUCUGCAAGAUUGUGUGCCAUGGAUCGAAACAACAGGUCAA